AACAAUUGGAUCCACGGCGACAUAAAACCCAUGAAUAUCGGCAUUCAUAAAUGGGUCCUAGACCAAACAUCCAUAGUCCUCCUCGACACAGAAGACGCAAUCUAUGCACCCCGAGGCAUCGUAACAGUGACGCCUGGAACGAAGGGAACGGUGGGUUAUAUAUCUCCCGAGCGAGAACUGGGAGAGUUUACCACAACGACAGAUGUUUGGGCUGUUGGUGUAGCGGCAAUCUGGAUGCUUCUUGGAAGACAUCCGUGGCAGUAUCGUGUGAAUCCUUGGAGGGAGGGUGAAGCAUUUGAAGGGAAUAGAUGGUUGUUCCAUAGGCAUUAUGACGAUGCGAUGAAGAGUAUUGGGCAGUGUGAGGAUAAAGAGCUUGGUACAGCUGUUUUACAGAUGAUUCGGCAUCCUUAUGCUCGGACGGAAGAGCAGAAAAAGUCAAGACCAGGAUGUUGGAUGGUUCUCCAGACGUUGCAUGCAGGUCCAGCUGGUGAGGGAGCUCGACAGAAGCGAAUUCGUACAGAUGCAGCAUGA